CUGGCACAGUGACUGCUCAUCAUGAUGGAUUUCAAUAGCACCAGCUUCCAUCCUGCCACAUUCCAACUGACCGGGUUCCCAGGCCAGGAAGCUGCUUACCACUGGAUCUCGAUCCCUUUCUGUGUGUUGUACAUCACCGCCAUGGUAGGGAAUUGCACUGUUCUCUGCAUUAUCUGUGCAGACCGGCAUCUCCAUCGGCCCAUGUAUUUGUUCCUUUGCAUGCUGUCGGUCAAUGACCUUGGUAUGUCUCUGUCGACCCUGCCCACGGUGCUCAGCAUCUUCUUCUUCGAUGCUGCAGACGUCCCGUUUGAUGCCUGCCUGGCCCAGAUGUUUUCGAUUCACUCCUUUUCCUUCAUGGAGUCGGGGAUUUUACUGGCCAUGUCGUUGGAUCGCUUCGUCGCCAUCUGUGACCCGCUGCAUUAUGUGGCCAUCUUGACCAACCCCAGGAUAGUGAGAAUCGGGCUGGCCAUUGUGAUUAAAAGUACCAGCAUGCUCUUCCCUUUCCCCUUUCUGAUUAAACGGCUGCCAAUCUGCAAAGGCAAUGUCCUCUCCCAUGCCUACUGCUUGCACCCAGACAUGAUGAGACUGGCAUGUGCGGACACAACCGUCAAUAACAUCUACGGAUUAUUUGCCAUCCUCGUCACGUACGGCUUAGACUCAGUGUUCAUCAUCCUAUCGUACGUUAAGAUUCUAAGGACUGUUUUUAAUACUUCAUCCCAUGAACAGCGCCUCACGGCCCUGAACACCUGCGUCUCGCACAUCUGCGCUGUCUUACUGUUUUACGUCCCAAUAAUUGCUGUCUCUGUUAUGCACAGGUUCGGUAAAAAUGCCCCUGGUCUUGUGCAUAUUCUUCUGUCCUAUGCCUACCUCUUUGUCCCCCCUGUGUUAAACCCAAUUGUUUACAGUGUGAAGACGAGGGAGAUCCGCAAGAGGAUCUCCCGAAUAUUCUCCAGAGGCGUAAUGUGAAGUGGGAGUUGUGUCGGAUAUGGUUUUGUUGGAUGAGCUUUGACUGGCUUGUUGGCUGAAUGUCGUA